AUGGCAUCAACUUUAAAUAUAACUUCGUUUAAAAAUUUGUCAUUAUGUGUUUAUAUUGGUAAUACAAGUGCACUUGAUGAUAGAACAUUAUUAGCAUAUUGUUCUCGUUUUGGUACAAUUGUUUCAUCAUCAUUCGAAAAAGAAAAAUUUUGUGAUUUUCAUAUUAUUGAAUAUGCUAAGUAUGAACAAUUAGAAAGAUUUCUCAAUGAAAAAAUUCAUGAAAUUAAUACAAUAUUACUUGAUGUAAAAUUAUAUAAAACUAUAUUAACCAAUAAUGCUAUAUUAAAUAUUGAUCGUAAAUUUUUUAUUGGACCAAUAUUAAAUUCAAAUGAUAUACAUACAAUUAUAGAAUUUUAUAAAAAAAUAGAUGCAGCAUUACGUCAUUGUUUAUCACAACAAGAUAAACAAGUAUACUUAUUAUUUGAGUUAAAUAAUCGACAAUCUGUUACAACAAUAUUUGAAAAACAAACAAUACCAAUAACAACUGAACAUAGAAAUUUUUCUAUUUAUAGACCUUUACAUCCAAAAGAAUUUGUAAAUAAAAUAAUAUCUACGAAAAAUAAAGAAAAUCAAAUACAUAUUCAUGGAUUAACAAAUAAAAUAACUGAAACAAUGUUAAUUGAUUAUUUUCAUAAACGUGCUCCGGUUAUUGCUUGCCAUAUUCUUUUAAAUGAUCCAACAUGUGCUAUUAUUGAAUUGAAUGACAAAAGAACUGUUAGGAAAAUUCUUGAUACACCUAAUAUACGUUUACAAGGAACUAAUCUUUCACUAAGAAAAGCAUCUCGUCAUCUUACUUCAUUAUUAUCUUCUUUUAAUAAUAAGGACGAUAGUGAUGAUGACGUUGAUAAUUAUGAUGAUGAUAUUGAAGUAAAAUCAACAGUCCUAACACAAACAUCAGUGCCAGAACCUAGUGUUAAUCUGCUACAAGCACAAAACCAAUCACAUCUGUUCAUAUUACCAUCAACUCAUCAAGAAAAUAUUCAACAACAAUUACUUUCAUUUUUAAAUCUUCUACCACCGUCUGUUGUGACGGAACCAAUAUCUAUUCCUUCUCCUGAAAAAGUAGAAGCCGGUUGGGCAUCACCACCACGAACUAUUAUUGAUCAUGCUCCUUCUAUUGAUCAAUUAUCUGUUCCAUCAUCAUCACUUCCUUCUGCUACUACAACUAGCAAUUAUACCGAUCUUCUAUAUCAAUUUACAAGUGUUGAUACAGAUACAAAACCAAUUAGACCAAUACCAUCCAAUAAUCUAUUAAAUUUUGUUGAACAAUGUCAAAAUGAACUUGAUCAAAUUAGAGAUGAAUAUAGAUCGAAAUUUGCUGAAAAUCGAACAUAUAUUGAACAAGAGAUAAAUCUUUUAAUAGAUGAAGAACGACAAACAUUGAAUAAAUUAGAUCGAUAUUUAAGUGAUCAUCGACGACGUGUUGAAAAACGUAAUAAUAAUAAUAAUAAACGAAAACAUAAUCCAUAG